GCGGGCCCAGCGCGGCUCCCGCCCCCCACUACCGCCGUUCUUCGGGCUCGGCGCCCUUCUCUUUUUCUCCUCCUCCUCCUUCUCCUUCCCUUUUCUCUUUGCACCGCUCUGGCCUGUAAACGAGCGCCGCGAUGGCUCCGGUCAGAGACCGGGAGGGUUACUGGGGCCAACCGACCUCCACCUUGGAGUGGUGUGAGGAGAACUACGCCAUCUCUUACUACAUCGCCGAGUUCUGGAACACUUUGAGUAACCUGAUUUUCAUUCUACCUCCAAUCUAUGGUGCGAUUCAGACCUACAAAGAUGGCCUUGAAAAAAGAUAUUUAGCAGCUUACUUGUGUCUGACAGCUGUGGGAUUGGGAUCUUGGUGCUUCCACAUGACCUUGAAGUAUGAAAUGCAGCUGUUGGACGAACUGCCAAUGAUAUACAGUUGUUGUGUGUUUGUCUACUGCCUGUAUGAAUGUUUCAAGCACAAGAAUACAGUCAAUUAUCCACUGCUUUUCUUGUUAAUAACAUACAGCUUCGUAGUCACCAUAGUUUACUUAAAUUUGAAAGAGCCUGUAUUCCAUCAGAUCAUGUAUGGAACCCUGGUUUCCAUUAUAGUUCUACGUUCUGUUUAUAUAGUAUUAUGGGUAUAUCCAUGGCUAAGAGGUCUAGGCUAUACAUCUUUAACUGUAUUUUUAAUGGGAUUUUUUCUCUGGAAUGUGGACAACAUUUUCUGUGAUAAAUUAAGAGCACUACGAGAGCAGUUGCCUCCUCUUGUGGGAGCUGUGACACAGUUUCAUGCUUGGUGGCAUAUUCUCACAGGUCUGGGUUCUUACCUUCACAUCCUGCUAAGUUUAUACACAAGGACACUUUUCCUGAAACACAGGCCAAAGGUGAAGUUUGUUUUUGGAAUAUGGCCUGUUCUUCUUGUGGAGCCACCCAAGAAACUUUGACCAAGACCUGGGCAGUCACACACCCAUCAUCCAGCCUGGCUGAAUAUAUCAAUUCAACAGUUACAGAAGCUGAAGUGUCAAAAUUAUGGAUCAAUUCAAGUACCAUUGCUCUAAAAAGGACUUUUUUUUUCUGUGUCACUAAGCCAGCCAGCUGGAACAGAACAAAGAGUUGGCUGACUAGGGAAAUAAUGUUUAGUACAGCUUUAUUCUAAGUUGUUAAAACAAAGAUUAAGACACAAUAUUUUUAUGUAUAUAUUGUAUAGCUGAUGAUACAGAGCUAAUAUUUCGUGCUGGUCACAGAAAACUAACCAUUUUUGAAGUGGUUUGCAGAUGUUUUUUCAUUCAGUUGUUCUUUCUGUGGUUUAAACAAAUAUUAGUAACUGAAUGACAAAACCAGGCCAUUGCUGGCCAAGCUGAGCAUUUGUGUGGCCUAUAGUGAACUGAAUGCUUAACCUGAACUACUUUAAUCUUGCACUUUUAUACAAUUAAUGAAGUAUGUAAUGAUUGAUUUCGGCCUUUAUUCUAUCUUGCUUUUCCACAGCCUCCUUUGCAAUUCCUAUGUUAAGCAGAACGGUUGGGAUUCCUGUGCCAUUUGGGUUUUUUUUUUUGUACCAAGCUUCCAUUUUCUCUUUAGUCCAACUGAGGGACAUCGUGGAGAAUGUUCCACGGUGUGGCAGGCAGAAGACACUUUAAAUUAGUGAAGCAUUAUUAGGAUUUUUAGUUGUGUGUGACCAGUGAUCCAUCAGGAGACUUCAGGCUGACUGUAUAAAUACAAGAAACACUUUUUUUUAUUAUUUUUUUAAUAAUUGUUACUUACAUCCCUCCCUUUCCUAAGCCUUGUUUAUUCCCUGUGUCCCAUUCAUGCUCCAGAUUGACAAACACCUUAGAUGUGUGCUAGUUCAGCUUUCAAAUUAUCUCUUUCCCUUAUUUUACAAGUCUUAAAUAUUGGUCUGGCUCUCAGAAGCAUCUUCUGAUUUAGAAAUAGGAAGAAGGAGUAAAGAUCAAGAUUGAAAUUGAGGAUGUCCCAAAAUAUAAUCAGCAGCACUUUGCUUGCUUUUAAUCUGUCCAUCACAUGGUUAUUCUGUGGAAAGUUGACCAUCAUUUUUAAACCAGACUUUGGGAAUUAAUCUAGAGGACAAAUCCUCUGCUUUCUGCAUUUUUGUCUGCCCAGCUGAUGAAAGUGAAUAACUAAGCAUAAAAAAACAUUGAACUAACACAGUUUUUCAGAGUAUACCUCAUGUUGGAGGCUGUGGGUUUGACUCUACAGAUCUUCAGUCUGUCUCUGAGCCUCCUAGCUGCCAUGCUAUGCAAUUUUUAUCUGCUUUUGAUAUUCUGAGGGAUUUAGCCUUCCUGCUAUGAAGGAAAAAAGGGAAAACACUCAGACUGAUUGGAAAUCCCAGCCUAUAUUGAUUUAAAAGAUGCCCACAGCAGCAAGUGGGGGCAAUGUAGCUAUCAAGCAGUCUCCCAGAUCACAAAGCCCCAGCUGGUGAAAGCUUUCUUGCUGCAACUGCUGCAAAAGUUGGGCUGAAAUUUGAUUGUACAAUCAAUGCUGACUAAAAUGGUCUCCUCCCUUUGAUAUCUUUUUUUUUUUCCUGUUUGAAGUUUAGCUGCACCCCCCCUGUCCAUCAGUAGCAUUCCUACUUCUGUACUCCUGAUAAAAUUGUGGCUUUUGGAACGUGACUGACCCUGGACUCUGGGGAUUAAACAGACCCAAGCUCAAGGCUAGAGGAAGAUACUUAACCUUGAGUGAGUUCAGUGAGGUUUAAGCACAUACAGAUAGCAGUGCAUUUCAACCUGUAAACAGCAAACCACUGCAAAGAAUGAAAAUUUUAAACCAGAUUUGUUUUCAGUGGGUUCCAGUUCCAUAGCCAAAGUCAGCAUCCAUGUUGGGAAAUGUGAGUGAUCUUCAGACUGCAAGAUGUUGGAAUAACCAGAGUAAAAGUAGGAAAAUGCUGUCUUGAAUCAAGUGUCUUUUAUUAUCCAGAAGGAUAAAGAGAUUUGAGAAGUGUUUUUAAAAUGUAGCUUAAAAAUAAGUGCCUGCCUAUUCACCCCCAAGCUCUCUCAAGCAUGCUUCUUGUACACUGUAUCUGAUUUUCUUAUUAAUAUGUUUACAAUGGUUUGUAAGUUAGAGACAGAGUCCCAUAGCAGGAGCAGUGCAGCAGCAGGACCUAUCAGCAGUCACUUGUGACACCUGCUAGGUAUGGUAUUACUUAAAAAAAAAAAAAAAAUGAAGAAAAACUUUAUUUUAGUGGCCUUAGUUUUGUUACUGGAGGAUCUGGGAGCUCUCUUUGGUUUCCCUGUGAUUGCUGAAAAGCUGCUUUCUAUUUGAUAAGACAUCUCCACAGUGGUCAAUUUUAAAGAAAUUUAUUGAUUCUUCUACACAUUUGCAGCUCGUGUAUGUUUAGAUUCAGAUCUUGUUGAAUUAAAUUGUCAGGAUUUAAAAAAAUUGGAAAAGCACUUGAUUUAGUUGGAUGCUGCUGUUAGCUUUUCACUCACAUACCAUUUGUCACUGAUGUUUUUACCUUUAAAAAAUCUGUGGAUUGGCUUCUUCCUUCAUUCCAAAUGACCAAAACCAUGCACACCUCUACCACCCUUCCAGCAGCCUUUCUUUCACCUUCUGUUAGACUCUGAAGAAUGUAAUUAAUGUGUGUAUCCUUCCAAGCUUAAUUAAUCCAAACUUAGAGGUGCUUUGGUUUCACUGCCUUACUGAUCUUGUGAGUGAUAUUGAAAAUGGCAAGCCAGGUUUUAACUGCAGGUCACUUGAAAUUCAGACUGCCUAUUCUGGUGCCUGCAGAGACAUAACAUCCUUGUUCCUGUGAUGUGUUAAAUGUCUUUUAAAUUGCUUUUUAUUUAUAUCAUUUGUAUGACAGGCUGAUGUUUUUUCUACAACCCUUAGAACAGCACACCCCAAACUUUUCUUGCACUACAUCUUUAAAGGUGGGUGAUUUUUGAUGCUGUUUUUUGAGUAGGAUUCAGAGCACAUUUACUUUAAAGGGAAUUAGGGAAGUAGGAGGUGUUGUUUCAUAUCAAUCCUUUGUGAUGUGUUGGACAGACUUGGUAGCAAUGAACUCUUUAACACCCAUGAAGAACCAGAAAAUCUGCCACCUUACAACCAUCAUCUUGGCACAAAGCAGCAAGGAGUAGUUCUGCAGACUUGGGAGCUGAAAAAUUCCUCUUUGGAAAUCAAAGUAAAACCAUCAAAUUCCUCUCCCAGUAUGGAUCAACACCAAACCUUAUACCAGGAAUUUUUCUGGAUACAGGUCAAGAAAUACAUCAUUCAGAACUGAAGAGAAGACAGAAGAAACAGAAAUCUGUGCCAUCAGGAUGAAUCUCAUCAGUGUUUUGAAGACAGUGUUGUUAGCUAGCAGUGUUACUCAUCUCUGGACUUCAUUUUAAUGCUUUUUUCUCUCAGCACAAGGAAGAUGUGCUACCCACAAGUAUUUAGAAGACUACCCUGUAGUCAGAAUUGGAAUAUGCAGUCUGUCACCUACCAAUCUACCUCUGUUCAUGUAUUUUACAAUACCUGUGCCCUUAAAUACACUGCUGGGAUGUGCAGACAAUGUUUUUAUCCUCAGACCAUGCAGCCCCUGGGGUGGCACCAGUGUUGGACUGAUCCUUGGUUGAUUGUUUAUUCUCCAUAAACAUCCUGAUUUGUUCAGUGCUGUCACUUACAGGUUGUGCUCAGUCUGCUGUGCAUCUGUGGGCAGAAGUCUGGCUGCUUUAAUAAGAGGUAUGAGUAGGAGGACUUGAAUUCAGGCAGGUAAAGUGAGACCUUUGGGGCAGUUCAGUUACAUUUAGAGCUAAGAUGCAAACAGGAUGACUUUGUUUUAUAUGAUUUUUGAAGAGGUGUGAUGGCAAAUACUGGUUUAUAAUUAGUUUUAAUUCUCUUUCAAUCUGAUCCUGUGCUGUUUUGUUUGACUGGAGGGAAAUACAGUGAUUUGAAAUCCAGGAGAUUCUUAUGGCUGUAGUGCAUUUGCUUCUGACAUUUGGUUUUGAGCAGCUGAAUGAGUUUCUCAGCAAACUCCUCCAUCUGAAACUCUUAGCAACAGAAAAUUCUCCCAGUACCACAAGGGUUUCUCACAGUCCCAACCACCUUGUUGAGUCUGCAUUCAAGAUUUUUGGUAAUACUAUUUUGCAUUUUGAAAAACUGUUUCUCCUUGUGGCUGUAUUUUUGGCAUUUGAUAGCAGGUGGUGAAACCACUCAUUAGAAUGCUUCUCAGUGGAAAACUGCACUCCUGUUUUCUUCAGUAGACCUCAGAAUCCAGGAUCAAACCUUAAUUUUGGCAGAACAAUUUAAAUUAACAUAUUCAGGUGAAAUGGUUCACUUUAAAGAAACCCCACCUGCACUUUAUAAGUAGGCAGUGGGAGAUUUUAACCACAAAAUACUGUUUAAAUGCAGGAGUUCAGUAUGAAGAGGGAUUAAUUCCUUUAUUACCCAGAAGCAAUAGCCAGAAGGAGAUUAAAAAUCUUACAUGGAAAGGAAUAACAAAAGAUUAAGCACAGAAUCCCCUGGUAUUACAUCACCCACCCUCCCCAUAACUUCACUUUAGUAACAAAUUUGGAGGUUUUGCUGUUUUAUACAUUUAACUUCCAGUGCUGAGUCUUCACUCUUUACCAUAGAAAUGCUGUAGACUCUGUUAUAUUGGCUUCAUUGUAGAUUAUUCAGAUGGUUUUUUUUUUUUAAUGAGGGUGGGACUUGACACAGAUUGUUUUGUAGAGGAAUUAAUCCAUUCCCUACCCCUCUGGAAUGUCCUCUGCCAGCUUUGGGAGUCCAGAGUGAAACUGCAGCUUCUUUACCAUAGAAAUGCUGUAGACUCUGUUAUGUUGGCUUCAUUGUAGAUUAUUCAGAUGUUUUUUUUUUUAAUGAGGGUGGGACUUGACACAGAUUGUUUUGUAGAGGAAUUAAUCCAUUUCUUACCCUCUGGAAUGUCCUCUGCCAGCUUUGGGAGUCCAGAGUGAAACUGCAGCUUCUUUACCAUAGAAAUGCUGUAGAUUCUGUUAUAUUGGCUUCAUUGUAGAUUAUUCAGAUGUUAUUUUUUUUAGUGAGGGUGGGACUUGACACAGAUUGUUUUGUAGAGGAAUUAAUCCAUUUCCUACCCCUCUGGAAUGUCCUCUGCCAGCUUUGGAUGUCCAGAGUGUAACUGCAGGGAACAUGCUGUGGAACUAUUAAAGAUUGGGUUUGGGUUUCUUGGUUCAGUUUCCCUCACUUCUGCUUACAGCUCCCAAGUGCCUGAUCUCUCUCACAAGGUUUUUCUGAGAGCUGAGGCUUUUUUUUUCUCCUGGGGUCCAUAAUACAAGAUCUUUGGUAGAUAGGAGGUCAGUUUGUUUGGGUUUUAUUUUUAUUAAAAAUUCUCCUCCAACACUCUUUUUAGUUGCUCCCCAGCAAUGUAGUUAUGCAGCACGUGGCUGCUUCUGCUUGAUUCAGACUUGUGCCUGACUACCCCCUGUCCCUGAUGCAUCUCUUAAGAUUUUUGGAAGCUGGUUGAGGGAUUUAACCCUGCAACUGGUGUUUAUUUUAGUGUCCAUACUUCAACCAUAAGCAGUGGGAGGGCACACCAGUCCAGCAAGCACUUUAUGCAGAGCCCUGUUACUGGAGCUCCCAGCCAGAUGCUCUGAACAGGACUGGGGAUACAAGGGUUCCCAUAUACAAAUUCUGGGGACAGGGUUGAUGCCUGAACCUCUUACUUUACUUCAGAACUCUCUUUUUACUCGUUGAAAGUAUUUAAAUUUAAUUAGCAUAUAAUUGCAGGUACAAGCAGAACCAAGUUCACAAUCCAGCUAAUGCAAGACCCUAAACCAGUGCCUGCAAAUUUUAUUUUUUUUUUUGCACAUAUUUCACACAAGUUGAAUCUGCCUCAUGUUUAGAGCAGAUUGUUGAGCUUUUAACCAUGCAGAGAUAAAGGAUCUUUUCAAUAUUUGUCCACAGGAAUAUCUGUAAGCACAAUCUCAGAUUCAACCCUCUUUCCCCAAAUCUCUGGAGUUUUUCGAUGUGGCUCCAAAGCCAGCACUGAACAGACUGAGCUUUCACCCCUGCUCUUAGCAAAAUGUGUCCCAAAAUGUUGUCUAAAAUAAAGCUCUGGCUUUAUUUUAGAGGAGAGGAGUUUGGGUUGUGUGCAUUAUUGCUUCUUGGAUUUUAGGAGAGAGUUUCAAGCAGCAUAAGCAGUCCUUAAACUCCUGAGACUAAACAGGAACUGAUUUUUCUCUUGAUUUUCCAAGCUGAUGUUGACUGUUGGACUCUGAACUGUGGCUGAAUGUGUUGAUGAUGUUUACUGUCUUAGCAGAUAACAUCUGUCCACCUGUAAGGGACAUGAAACACCCCACAUGUGACCAAACUUUCUAACAUUGACACUAUUCAUUGGGAUGUAACAUUUUUUUCUCCUGAAAUUCAGUAUAUUGUUGCAGAUGGAUAAUGACACUGUGACAGAGGAAGAGCAGCUGACCUGUAAAACACAGCUCUGCUGAGCAACACUUAUUGACAAUUUUGAUAUCUUGAACUGAUUCUUUGUACCAAACCAGCUGGUAACUAACAUUAGGCUUACCUGUAUCAGCAUAUCUUGUUUUGCAAAGCUUUGAAAUAUCUAAUGUAUUUCAUUUGUUAUUCAUGCUGCAGUCAAGCACUAAUUUGAGUCUUUAUAGUUAAAAUUAUUAAAGAAUUUUGUUUUAAA